CCAAAUUAAACAGAGCUGUUUAUGCAUGGCUUUAACGCUGGGAAAUAGUGCUGGUCUUCUUCCUAGAGUUAAGGGGAGUAGAAAGCUUAGAGUUUUGUCGAAGCAGGAAGAAAAUGGAGGUGUUCGUUCUCCUAAAGAGGAUUUGGAGAUAUCAUCCAGGCUUGGCAGAAUCAGUUUUCCUUCUCGUUUUCUCUUCGGUGCUGCAACCGCUGCUUUCCAGGUGGAAGGAUCAGCUUUUGGAGGGAGGGGAGAGUGUAUAUGGACAACUUUCUGCAGAAAAUAUCCAGAAAAAAUUGCAGAUGGGAGCAAUGGAGACAUUGCAUGCGACUCAUACCACCGUUACAAGGAGGACGUGGGACUCUUAGCUGACCUCGGCUUGGAUGCGUAUAGAUUCUCCAUUUCAUGGCCAAGAAUUUUGCCACAUGGUCGUGGCAAAGUAAAUCCGGAAGGAAUUCAGUAUUACAAGAAUUUGAUAGAUGAGCUCCUUGACAAUGGAAUAGAGCCUUUUGUGACAUUGUUCCAUUGGGAUUUGCCCCAAGCUCUAGAAGAUGAAUAUGGAGGCUUUUUGAGCAAAAGAAUACUAGAAGAUUUCAAAAAUUAUGCAAAAGUAUGUUAUGAAGAGUUUGGAGAUAAGGUGAAGCAUUGGAUGACUCUAAAUGAGCCAUGGACAUUCUCCACCCUUGGAUAUGGUGAAGGUGCACUUGCUCCAGGUAGAUGCACACAAGGCCUUCCUGAUCUUAGCUGCCCAGCUGGAGGAGAUUCUCUCAUAGAGCCAUAUAUUGUUUCCCACAAUAUGCUCCUAGCCCACUCUGAAGCAGCAAAAUUAUACAAAAACCAUUUUCAGGCCAAGCAACAGGGGAAAGUGGGCAUCACCUUACCAUCAUACUGGUUUGAGCCAUAUGAUAAAAACCCUAGUGACAAAGAGGCACAACAAAGAGCACUUGAGUUUAAUCUUGGAUGGUUUAUGGAUCCACUGGUGUAUGGAGAUUAUCCCUUCUCAAUGAGGUCAUUGGUAGGGGGGAGGCUCCCCAAGUUUAGUGCUGAAGCAUCAGAAAAGCUCAAGGGUUCUUUUGAUUUUAUAGGGCUUAAUUACUACACCGCUCGAUAUGCUCGAAGUGUUCCAUUCCCAACCAAAUUACAAACAUACAACGACGACAUAUAUGCAACUAUCUUAUCUGAAAAAAAUGGCGUCCCAAUUGAGCAUGCAGAGCCUGGAAGUUGGAUCAAUGUGUAUCCCAGAGGGCUCAGGGAACUUCUUCUAUACAUAAAGGAAAGAUACAACAAUCCUGAAAUUUACAUCACUGAAAAUGAACACCUGAUGCAAACUUGCAUCAUGUUGCAACCCGGGCCAAAAUCUCAAAUUGCCACAUGACCUCCUGUUAUUGAAC